AUGAAGUCACCUCCAACUGCCGUCUCGCUACUCCUCACAAAUCUACAGCUUCUGGAUUAUGACAAUGACCCCGAGCAAUCCUUCCCUAUCAAUUCCGACGUAUUCACCUCGCUGAAAAACAAGGGUAAAGCCUUCGAGCAUAUUGCCUAUCACCUAUUCCACAUCCUUGACCCAGAGGAAUGUGCUCUCAGAUUGGAUACAUGCUGGCCAAUAUUCGAGCCUGCCCAGUCGCGUGAAUUGCGCAACGUCAUAUUUAAAUGGCUCUCGGAUCUCAAGAAGAAUGGCCAAUUAGGGGGAAACGUUCUAGUCCGGCGGACGCUGUUGGACGAUUGCUCUGGGGAUCGAUACGAGGAAUUACUACUAGCACUAUCCACAUAUGUUCUACGAAGCCAACUCGAGAAGGGGAAUAUCCAAAAUGCAAUUUGCAAAACGUUCGCCUAUAAACAAACAUCCUCGCUUUCCCCCUCGCCCAAAUCUCUGGAGGCCUUGAUAUUAGCACAUGAAUCAUCACUGACACGUCUUCUCCAUUCGCGCCGUUUGUCAAAAUCACAAUGGUCUUCAUUCGCCGCAUUUCUAGACUCCAAGGAGUCGCAAAUUUCGGUAAUUUCGGAAACCUUGUCACAAUCAACUACAGGAGAUCAUCCAGCAAUUCUCCCGAGGGGAUACGAAGAAGACGUUUUACGCAAAUGGAGGAAUAAUUGGCUUGGUGAUCAGCGAUGGCUCGAAAUUUUAUUGAAAGGCGAUCCAGAGUACAUGAGAGAUCAAUUUUUUGAGCUGCCAUUUCACAAGGCAUUGAGCAAGCACCAUCAUUUCAAGAACGGACUGGUUGGCGUGAGAAAUGGCGACGUUAGCCUUCUAGCACUAGAGAAGCAAGUCCAAGAGCAAAAUAAUAGAUUGAGAGAGCUACGUCAUAUAAGAGAGGAGACUCUGAGGACAACUCCAAGAUUUGAUUCCACAAACCUCCCUGGUAAGGCGAAGGCUGGAUCGGAUGCUCAAAACGAGAAGACAUACUUGAAGGUGGUUUUUGACCAACAUCAGAGCCUACACAGUGGCCAAGUAAGAAUAGCCCAUGAGUAUAUUGAUAGUCAGAGGAACGAAUAUACCGAACUCAUAGAUGCUUUACGUGAAGACUUAACGGCGGCCGGAAUACCUGCAAGACGCGAAGUGGCUACUGUUUCACCGGAGUACCAAUUCCGUCCAGUGCCAAAAAGUGAAUUACCGAUUUCCGAUUAUUCACGAUAUGGCAACGAAUCAGAUAUUGAAAUGUCCGAAUCGCCUCUACAAAGGCCCUAUGACCACCAGGAUAAUCCUUUGAUAAAGGUUUCCCAACAAAUUGAGGACUACGAGCCGCAGCCAACAACCCCUAGCGAUGCCUCAUACCAAGAUAAUGAUGACGAAAAUGAGGGAUUCAGUGAGUUCGAGGAGUCAAUAAUAAUUCCUAAUCUACAAUCAAGUCACACAGACCCUGCUUCUCCACUGCCACCCCCACAAAGCAAGCCGCGAACGCGGGAUUCGUUGGGAUUCGAGGGCUUUGGGGACGAUGAGCUUCUAGCAGAACAGAUUGUGUCAACUAUGGCUGCAACCGACUUUUCGCCAGAAAAGCCAUCUCCUCUCAAGAGAAACCAGCAGCGGCACGCUUUUAGGCCUCUAGCCUUGGAUGACACGUUUGAGAUGGAUGAAAGUAGGUUAAAACUUAACAUCGGUCAACUGCAGAGCACACAGUAUGAGAACACCGAGCAGUCAUCUUUUUUAAAUUCACGUAGAGAUAACUUUUCUACACCGAUAAAAGCUCCACUCGCUUCCCCAACUCGUAAAGAAGAUCUCUUACGAUCAACGGACUAUAAUUCCGUCUUUAAGUCUCGACCGAAGAUAGCCGUGUCCCCAGUUCUGACACCGGCUGGUGGCUCGCCGUUACCAAACUUAUCCCUAGUUUCUGGAAUGAGCAUGAAUCCAGAAGCAGUAUUUUCAGAGGACGAAAUGACAGGCUUUGCGGCGGGUUACGCUGCAUCGCCGCUGAUUAGGAGGAAUGCCAGGAAGGGGGAUAUGUAA